AUGCGUGAGAUUAUCCACCUCCAGACUGGCCAAUGUGGCAACCAAGUCGGAACCGCCUUCUGGCAAACAAUCCAUGAUGAACAUGGCCUGGACCAAGAUGGCUACUUCCACGGCGAAUCCACGCAACAGUCCGACCGCCUGAGCGUCUACUUCGCCGAAGCCUCCAACAACAAAUACGUCCCCCGCGCGGUCCUCGUGGACCUCGAGCCGGCCACAAUGGACGCGAUCCGCUCGGGCCCGCUGGGCAACUUCUUCCGUCCGGAUAACAUGGUUCACGGCCAGUCCGGCGCCGGCAAUAACUGGGCCAAGGGGCAUUAUACCGAAGGCGCGGAGCUGGUGGAUCAAGUCCUAGACGUCGUGCGGCGCGAGGCCGAGACGUGCGAUUCCUUGCAGGGAUUUCAGAUCACGCAUUCGCUGGGCGGCGGAACGGGCUCGGGCAUGGGCACGCUGCUCAUCGCCAAGGUGAGAGAAGAAUUUCCGGACCGGAUGAUGGCUACUUUUUCGGUGCUGCCGUCGCCCAAAGUGUCGGAGGUCGUCGUGGAGCCGUAUAAUGCGACGCUAUCGGUCCAUCAACUUGUCGAAAACAGCGAUGAGACAUUUUGUAUCGACAACGAAGCGUUGUACGAUAUCUGUCGCCGGACGCUGAAGCAGGCGCAUCCGUCGUACGGGGAUCUGAAUAAGCUGGUGUCGAGGGUGAUGUCCGGGCUGACGACGGGGUUCCGCUUCCCCGGACAGCUGAAUGCGGAUCUAAGGAAGUUGGCCGUGAAUCUGGUGCCGUUUCCGAGGCUGCAUUUCUUCACUGUUGGGUUUGCGCCGUUGACAACUGCGGCGGCGUACCAGAAUCUCGGGGUGGCGGAGCUGACGCAGCAGAUGUUCGAUCCGAAGAAUGUCAUGUCGGCCUCGGAUUUCCGGAACGGGCGGUUCUUGACCUGCUCUGCGAUUUACCGCGGAAAGGUUUCGACGAAGCAGAUUGAGGAGCAGAUUCGAGGUGUGCAGGCGAAGAACUCGGCGUAUUUCGUUGAGUGGAUUCCGAAUAAUGUGCAAACUGCGCACUGUUCUAUCCCACCUGUUGGAAUGAAUGCUUCCUCGACUUUCAUCGGAAAUUCAACGGCUAUUCAGGACAUUUUCAGGCGGGUUGGGGACCAGUUUAGUGUCAUGUUUCGCAGAAAGGCGUUCUUGCAUUGGUACACUGGGGAAGGCAUGGAUGAGAUGGAGUUCACGGAGGCGGAGUCCAACAUGAACGAUCUCGUAUCGGAAUAUCAGCAGUAUCAAGACGCUGGUAUGGAUGAUGACGAGGCUGAGAAGGCAUAUGACGAGGAGGAGCCAGUGGAGGAGUAA